AUGGCCGGGCCGGGCCCCCCCGGGCCCCGCCGCGGCUCGGCCUCGGGCUGGGGGCUGCGCCUCGCCCUCCUGGGGGUCCUGCUGGGGCUGCCCCCGCGGGGCCGGGCGGGGCCGGCAGGGUCCCUGUCCCAUGGAGAGAGGGUCACCCCCCACUGGCUGCUGGGGGGCCGUGCCCGCAGGGCUGUCAGCCUGCAGGAGCAGGUGGUGGCUCCUGCCCGGGCAGAGGUGGCUGUGACAGCUGAGGGCAGAGAGCUCGUGCUGGUGCUGGAGAGGAACCAGCUGCUGGCUCCGGGCUACACGGAGACGCACUACAGCGAGCAGGGCCAGCCCGUGACGGUCACCCCCAACCACACGGAGCACUGCCACUACCACGGGCACGUCCGCGGCCACCGCCGCUCCUGGGUCGUGCUCAGCACCUGCUCGGGAUUACGGGGCCUCAUAGUGCUGAGCAGCAACACCAGCUACUACCUGAGCCCCCUGGGGCCCCCCGAGCCCGGCCUACAUCUCCUCCAGCGAGCAGAACACCUGCCUGUGCCAGGGGGCACCUGCGGGCACGGCCAGCACCUGGCAAGCACCGUGGCUGGCAUGGCCCGGCUCUUCCAGCCACGGCACACACGGGCCAGAAGGGAUGCCUGGAGGACCAUGAAGUACAUGGAACUCUUCAUCGUUGCUGAUCACACCCUGUACAGGAACCAGAACCGCAACCUGGGCCACACCAAGCAGCGCAUCGUGGAGAUCGCAAACUACGUGGACAAGUUUUACAGGCUGCUGAACAUCAAGGUGGCCCUGAUCGGGCUGGAGGUGUGGACGGAGCGGGACCAGUGCGCGGUGAGCAGCGACGCCAACGCCACGCUCUGGGCCUUCCUGCAGUGGAAGAAAUCGCUGAGGGCGCGCAAGAGGCACGACAACGCCCAGCUGCUGACAGGGAAGACCUUCGGGGGCACCACCAUCGGGAUGGCCCCGCUGGAGGGGAUGUGCAGCGCCGACAACUCCGGAGGGGUCAGCGUGGACCACGCGGAGCAGCCCAUCGGCGCCGCCGCCACCAUGGCGCACGAGAUCGGCCACAACUUCGGCCUGGUGCAUGACAGCCCGGGCUGCUGCACCGAGGCCACCCCUGAGCAGGGCGGCUGCGUCAUGGCCGCGGCCACUGGGCACCCCUUCCCGCGGGUGUUCAGCUCGUGCAGCAGGAGGCAGCUGGAGAGCUACUUCCAGAAGGGAGGGGGAAUGUGCCUCUUCAACCUGCCCGACACCAAGGACCUGGUGGUGGCACGCAAAUGUGGCAACGGCUUCCGCGAGGAGGGAGAGGACUGCGACUGCGGCGAGGUGGAGGAAUGCACCAACCCCUGCUGCAACGCUCACAACUGCACGCUCAAGGAGGGGGCCCAGUGUGCCCACGGUGACUGCUGCCACAGCUGCAAGCUGAAGGUGGCCGGGACUCUGUGCCGGGAGGCCGCUGGCUCCUGUGACCUGCCCGAGUUCUGCACGGGAGCGUCCCCGUACUGCCCUCCCAACGUGUACCUGCUGGACGGCUCCUCGUGCGCCCAGGGCCAGGCCUACUGCAGCAACGGCAUGUGCAUGACCCACCAGCAGCAGUGCGUGCAGCUCUGGGGGCCAGGAGCGUGGCCAGCCCCUGAUGCCUGCUUCCAGGACGUGAACAUGGCAGGGAACACCUACGGCAACUGCGGCAAGGACAGCCAGGGCCGCUACGUCAAGUGUGACAAGAGGGACGCCAUGUGUGGGAAGAUCCAGUGCCAGAGCUCUGCCAAGAAGCCUCAGGGCACCAACACGGUGUCCAUUGACACCACCAUCCGCCUCAAGGGCCGCGAGGUCAAGUGCAGGGGCACCUUCGUCUACAGCGCCAAGGACGACCAGGAGGACCUGUCCGACCCAGGGCUGGUGCUGACGGGCACCAAGUGCGGGGAUGGCAUGGUGUGCAAGGACCGGCGGUGCCAGAACGCGUCCCUGUUCGAGCUGGAGAAGUGUGUGUCCCGCUGCCACGGCCACGGGGUGUGCAACAGCAACAAGAACUGUCACUGUGAGCCCGGCUGGGCCCCCCCGUUCUGCGAGAAGCCGGGGCUGGGGGGCAGCGUGGACAGCGGCCCCGUGCAGAACCACACCCACGAGUCCAUCCUGAUCGCCCUGGUGGUCAUCUCGCUGUUCCUGCUGCCCGCCCUGACGCUCAGCAUCUGCUACUGGUACCGCCAGGAGAACUCCCUGCUGGCCAGGUGGAUCCAGGAGAGCAGGGUCCGGGCCCACGGCGCCUGCAGCAGGAACAAGUCCGUGGGUCGGAAGUCAAGCAGUGCCCAUGCCAAAGCUGCUUUCACCCUGAGGAACAUUUCAGCCUCCAGCCACCCCUCUAAGGGCCCUCGGAGCGCGUUCCUGCCCCGGCCUGCUGCUGCCCAGCCUGGCUCCCAGCCCAUCAACGUGGUGCACCCGCUCCGCCCGGCCCCCCUGGGCAUCCCCCCCCGGCCCAGGGACCCCCGACCCGCCCGGCCCCCACCCCCGGCCGCCAAAUCCCCCCCGGGCCCCGCCAAGGCCGGCGGCGCCCCCCAGGCCAAGCUGCCGCCGCCCAGGAAACCUCUGCCCUGCAGCCCCGUCAGGAGCCCACAGGUGCCCCCCAAGCACGGAGCCCCGCGCCGGCCGCUGCCGGGCAGCCCCCUCCUGGCCAAGGAGCUGCCCCCUGCCCCCGGACAGACCCUGCUGGUCAUGGUCCCUCCCUCCAGCCCCAGGGUGCCCAGCACCAGCGCCUCCAGCCCUGCCAUGAGGCCAAUAAAACCGAUGCCACCUCAAAGGCCAGUCCCAGCCAUCAAAGCCCAGUCAACCUCCUUCUCCUCAAAGAAGUGACAGUCCCAGGACACCUGGGACAAUCCCUGACCUCCCUUCCUGAGCUGGCUCUCCUGAUUUGCACUGCUGUGGCCACAGGGCUCUUGUUUUAGUAACCCUUUUGAUACCAGAGGACUAUUUUUGUAAGACAGAAUUUGUAUUCAGCACACAAACUGUAGCGGUGGGGUGAGAGGGGACAUUGGUACACAGCUGGACCAGGGCUGGCUGAGGUUGUGUUUCCACGAUGGAGAUCCCACCACGGCUGGACCAGGGCUGGCUGAGGUGGGAUGUCCAUGAUGGAGAUCCCACCACGACUGGACCAGGGCUGGCUGAGGUGGGGUGUCCAUCAUGCAGAUUCCACCGUGGCUCUUGGCACUGUUUCCUGGCCCAUCUCCCUCCCAGCUUCACUUCUCUGGACAUUGCACACGGGCUGGGAGGGGGUGGCUGGGGCAGUGACCAUCCCCACCGAUGGAAGAUGCUGGUGACAGCGUGAUGUCCUUGCAGCUACCUCCUCCUCCUCCUCCAGGCCUGCAGCCCCCAGCCUGCAGCUCCACGCUGGGCACCUCUCGGGGGGAUGUUUGCCAUGACAGAACCCUGGUGCCCAGUUUGGGCUGGGCCACGCAGUGCUGGGACAGUUCCAUGAAGGAUCCAAGUUCUCAGGCUCCCCUGACCUCCUGUCCCACUGCACAAGGAAAGGCAGCUCCAGGUGACAAUCCCAGGCUCACCUGGAAGGAGGAACUGUCUGGGAGUGUCUCAACACCCAAAGUGCCCAUGGCAGCUGCUCCCAGGGUGCUCCUGAGGGGCUCAGGAUCCCUCACAGCGCUGCCUGUUCCUGCCAGGCCCAGCAGAGGCUCCAGGAGCUGCUCACACUGCCAGGGGAAGGAGCCAUGAGCAGGAACCAGAGCAGGAAACUCCUGCCUGUGCCGGUGGCUUGUCCCCGCCCUGGCCAAGCCUCUGCAUCUCUCUGUGCCUCAGUGCCCCUCUGGGGGUGUUUCCUACCUCACAGGGCUGUUGUGAGGUGUGACAAAGGGGCUCUCCAGGGCUCCCACCCCUCUGUCCAAGGUGCUGUUGACCUGCACAGUUG